CCUUGGAACCGGGGAGACGGGCUGCACGGUACCCAGAUCCGGGGCAUGGCAGCCCCUCAGGUGUCGUCCGGGGGACCUGAGCCCUUGCCUUGGGCCCAUCUCCAGGCCCAGGCGCGCCUCUUGCUUCGCGCGUUGCAGACGGGGCCCGACGGGGCUCGGCGCGGUCUUGGGGUGCUGCGGACCCUAUCCAGUCGCGGCGGGGACCCCUUUGACUGGGGCUAUGUCCUCGAGGCGCUGUGCCAGGAGGAGCCGGUCGUGGAGGGCCCGGACUGCCGCCUGCAGCUGAAGCCGCUGCUGCUGCGCCUGCCAGGCCUGUGCCGCAGGAACCUUCUGAGUCUGCUUCUGGCGGUCCACUCCAUGGUGCCCCGUCCCCAGCUCUGCAGGCUGUUGCAUAUCGCCAGGCAGGACUCGAGCCCCGAGCCCGACGGCUGGCUGCAGGCCCUGGGUGAAUUGAUGCGAAGGGAUCUGGGGGCCGACUUCUCCCUACCGGCUGGGUCCCCACUGUCCUCAGCGUGCCAGAGCAAGCUGCACAGCCUGUGUAAGCGGCUGGGGCGAGGGAGUGGGAAGCUAAGAUGGUCCCAGGCCCCAAGCCCUGAAGUGUCCCAAGCGGCGUUGCAUGCCUCCCAGCCGGCUACCUGCAGGAAGGAGCCAGAAGAACCAGCCAGUCCUGAUGGGGAGCCGGACCCCAAGAGGUUCAGAGUGGAGAGGGAAGGAGAAGUCCCUCCUGCAGAGCCAGAUCCAGAACCCGUGCUGCCCCCCUCCUUGGCAGAGGGACAAGGAUUCCCCUCUACAGGGAAGCUGGAGCCCAAGGAAGCUGCUCAGAAACUGCGGGACCCCCAAGGCCAGGCUGAGAGUGUGGCAUUGCCUAAAGCACUGCAGGACCAGGUGCCCCAGCUGCAGCAGCUACUGAAGACCUUCCAGGAGGGGCUAGAGGCACCCCCUCCAGUGGAGCUGCAACUGCUGCAUGAGUGCGGCCCAGGGCAGGUGGCCCUGCUGUGUUCCCAGCUGCAGGUCACUGAGCUCCCGGAUGCCGGGCUGCUGCGGCUCUGCACCUGGCUGCUGGCCCUGUCCCCCGACCUGAGCCUCAGCAAUGCCACUGUGCUAUCCAGGAGCCUCUUUCUUGACCGGAUUCUCUCCCUCACUUCUUCAGCUUCCUGCCUCCUCAGGACCGCUUUGACCUCCUUCUGUGCCAAGUAUCCCCACUCCGUCUGCAGAUCCCUCAUCGGCCCUGUGCUCCAGGCCUUGGGAACAGGUUCAGCUCAAUCAGAAUUACUGUGUUGUCUGAUGAAGGACACAGCCCUGGAGCCAGACUCGCAGGCUUUGCUGCUGGACCCGAUCCUGGAGCUGCCCUGGGAGGAGGAGACUUUCGUGGUGCUGCAGGCGCUGCUGGAGCGGCAGGUGGAGCUGACCCCUGAGAAGUUCAGUGUCCUGAUGGGGAGGCUCUGUAAGGAGGGGCCAGCGGCCACCACGUCCAUGGCCUAUGCCAAGCUCCUGCUGACAGUGAUGAGCAAGUACCAGGCCAAUAUCACUCAGUCGCAGAGGCUGGGCCUGGCCACAGCCCUGGAGCCCAACACCACUUUCCUGAAGAAGUCUCUACAGGCUGCCCUGAGACGUCUGGGCUCCUGACCCUCACCUGGGGACCCUCCUGUCACUUCACCAGCUUCCUGAAGGACACUUUGGCCAUGACCAGCCCACACUGGUUCCUACUGAGAAUGGAUACUAAGCCUGGCCUCCCCUGAGACACUGCUUCCUCAUACAGCCUGACCAGAGGCCAUCUUGGCACUAGCAAGGAGG